AUGUACAACAUAUCACGCGCAUUCCGGACUGCCGAGGCCCAAAGGGUGCUUACGCUUCUGAGGCACCGGUUCGGCGAAUCGACAGUGCGGCAAGCUGCUCAGAACUGUGCCAGCUACGCAGCCGCCCAGAACUGGCAAGAGGCACAGCCGAGCUUGCUUUAUGAUGGAGUCCCGGUGGAGCUUGCUGAUUUUAUUGGACAAGCCCUUGUGCCCAUGCUUUACCCAUCAGAUGCACGUUAUGACUUACAGUAUAGAUUUCGCGUCGGCAUUGAUUCGGCUGACGGGUCGCCAAGAGCACACAUCAAGCCGAAGUUCACUGACGAGGAAUUCUGGGACUCCUACCAUAACAUGAUCGAAAAUUUCGAAGCGCUGGUCCGCCGUAAUGACGAGCACAAAAGAGACCUGAACGCGAUAGCGGUCGCACUCGACAGUCGGAUGGAGGACGUCCGCAACACGUUCUACGACCUCCUCGCCGGGGAGCGCGUGGCCUUCCACGUCAUCGCGAGGGACCUGCUCCCAGUCACCAAACACGUCCCGAUCGAGGAGCUCGAGCGCGACCCCCCGGCGACGUGUACCGUGUGUGGCCUGAUGUUCUCUCAGCAGGAACAGGAGCCACCAACUCCUACCGUCUUCGACUACGGUGUUUACCAGGAGCGUGGCCAGAUGAUCCACAGCCCCAUGCGCUACCAGGAAUGUGCCUACGUGCCGCACCAGCAUGCUUUCUGCAUGCGCGAGUGGGCUAGGCUGCUGAUGGAAAAGGACGCUGACAACAUCGUCACUGGGAUCAAGGCAAAGGAUCACUGGAGGUGCAACACUUGUUUUGUUGAUCCCUGGAGGGCUGGUUGA